AAGUAUAUCUUUAUUUAACUAAUCACGAUAAGCUGUCAUUCAUUGGCUUUGUUCAUUAUUAUACGUAAGUGUACUGUGCCCCAGAAGCUCGUACAAAUCGUACAGCAUCCUACCGUUUUCAUUAAUUGAAGCAGCAUUCAUAUCGCAUAUCGUAGCAUCCCAGCCAAAAGUAGCAGGAACCAGAAGGGCUAGAACACGUUGAAAAUACAAAUAUAAUUGAGUGUAUCUGAUACAUCAUAUAUAAACAAGUUAAUCUAUCACGUUGUUUUAUCCUUUAUAUUUUGUAAUUUUCUUGAAUUCAUUUCAUUCCAAUCCAAUCCAAUUCAUUUCAAUUCAUUUUAUUCAAGUCUGAUUCUUAAAAAUUAACGUGACUCCUUCUGUUCACUUCUACUUUCAUUCCUUUUACACCUAUUAGUUUUUUAAUAAUACUAUGAGUAUCUUCUUUUGUUGCCUGGUGGAAGAUUCAGAAUCCAGUGACGAUAAAUCCCAAUCUCCAAAUCCAAGACACGACUCAUCGACUACAAAUCGGAAAGGUAUGACUGCAAAUAAUAUAAAUCCUUCAUCUUCCAAUACCAAAGGAAAUUCAUCAUCAUCCAAAGAUACAAAAACCAGCAAAACAUCAACCUCUCAUGUUGGAACCACAUCAACUCAUCAUAAAUCAAAACAAACUCCUGAAAUAGUAGCCACUGCACUUUCAAGUUCAAAUAAUGAUGGUAAUAUAAUACAGAAAAAGGAUUUAUUAGAUGAUGAUAAUUCUGUUAAUGAAACAGAUACAAUAACAAACACUGGCGAUGAAGCUAACAAUACUCCAAGUUCUCAUCAUGAUAAACUGUCAGUAACCGAUCAACAACAACAAGGUAUUAUAACUCAAGUUUCUUCUGCAUCUGAUCCUAAUGGAAAAUUAUCCCAUAGUCAACAAUUAGUUGAUGAAGAAGAUGAAGAUGAUGAAGCAAUUUAUGGACAAGAAGAUGAUUAUGAUGAAGAAGAUGAAUCAGUUUUAGAUUUAACUGAACUUCAGGAUGGUCAAGCGUUUAAUCCAGAGACUGGUUUUCUUUUGGGUAAAAAGGAUAAAAAGUUUGGUAAUAAAAAGUGUCUUAUCCUUGAUUUAGAUGAAACAUUAGUACAUUCAUCUUUCAAAUAUUUAAAGACGGCAGAUUUCACAAUUCCUGUUGAAAUUGAAAAUCAAGUUCAUUAUGUUUAUGUCAUAAAGAGGCCUGGAGUUGAUGAAUUCUUAAAAAAAGUAGGUCAAUGGUUUGAAGUUGUAGUAUUUACUGCUUCAGUUUCAAAAUAUGGAGAUCCUUUAUUAAAUAAAUUGGAUAUUCAUAAUUCAGUUCAUCAUAGAUUAUUCAGAGAUUCUUGUUAUAGUUAUCAAGGUAACUUUAUAAAGAAUUUAUCACAAAUUGGUCGUCCAUUAAGUGAUUCAAUUAUUAUUGAUAAUUCUCCAGCAUCUUAUAUAUUCCAUCCUCAACAUUCAAUACCAAUUUCAAGUUGGUUUAGCGAUACUCAUGAUAAUGAAUUGUUAGAUUUAUUACCAUUUUUAGAAGAUAUAUCUAAAUCAAAUGUGGACGAUGUUUCUUUAGUAUUAGAUAUCUCAUUAUAGAACAAACCUGAGAAAUUAUUUGAUUACUAUUAGAUGGUAUACUUGUAUCAUUAUUCACCGUUAUUAUUAAUUUUCGUUGACCUUUCGUAUUCAUAUUCAUAUUCAUAUUCAUAUUCAUAUUCAUAUCCAAAUUCGUAAUCAUAUUGUCCUAUAAUUCCUUGACUAAUUUUACUUUAACUACAAUUUUAAUUUGAUUAUUUUAAUAUUCUUAUGGCCAUACUAUCUCACUUUAAUUACUUAUUUUGAUAGAUUUUUUAAAAAAAAAACAAAGAUUAGUCACCCGUCACAGACAUUUUCAGACAUCUAACUAACUAACU